UGAAUUUCGUAGCGCCCUCUUGAAUUGACCAUUUUUCUCUCAACCUUCAUCAGAGGCUUUUAUCCAAAGCGAGUUACAAUAAAACCUGCUGUCGUUUAUGUAUGGGUGGUGACGGGAAUCGAACCCAUUACCCUGGCGUUGCAAGCGUCAUGCUCUAUCAACUGAACUACGAAGGAGCACUUCAAGACCUGAGAACAAUCGACUGGAAAAUGCCUGGGUGCUUUUCAAGACUGGCGGAGAGAGUGCGUGGACGUCUGCGGCCUACUGCGUCGACAGGUUGUUCAAACUCAUUUGUGGCUUGUUUUUCUUGUCUUUUUCUGUUUUGCAGGGUUCGUGAUCGUCGACAGAUGGACAGCGACUUCGAAGAGGAAACAACUGUCCUGGAUGAGGUCCAGUUGGAUGUGCCAUUGGAUGAUGUCCCAGAUGUUCCACAGCUGCCAGUCCUCCUUGAUGUCCAGAAUGCUGCUAUUAUCAUUGAGGAUGUGCCAGAUGUGCAGACUAUCCUUGAGGAGGCCACUGGCAAUUGGCAGUUGAUUCUGAUUAGGUUCAGCCCCCUGUAUUGUGGGCCUGUUGUGAUCAGGAACAAUGCCGGUCCGGUGGUUAUAGCUUGGAGAACUUUCCAGUUCAUCAGCCCCAUCAUCACCUACAUGCGUGGGGGAUCUCAGCAGGUGGUGGUGAGGAUGCACCACGUGAGUAGGGUGACAGGCCUGGAGACUCAACUGGUGUGGGCCAUCUCCAAGGAGACAGCCAGGCUUAGUCCAGAGGGCAUCCCCUACUGUGCCACCAAAGUGCAGUCCAUCACUUGGAUCCAGCGUGUGGCUGGCAGGGUGACCCACUAUGCGUCUCACCUCCGCCACGAGACGUCUGUGGACGUGACGCUUGGCUGCUACCAGCAGACUGAUGUCUCAGUGGUGUACACCACUCUCCACAUGGGGCUGGACGGGCUUCUCUCCUCUUCAGCGUGGUCGGAGGCUGCCUCCUUCUCUACGCCCACCACUCAGCACUUCACUGACCCAGAGCCUGAGGGCCACAACUGCUAUGAGGGCUGGGAGGAGGACCUGCUGCCUGAGGAGAGGGAGGUUCCUCUGCUAAACCUCUACCUCACCACCAAGAGAGUGGAGGACAUCGCCCUGAGGCUCGUCUCCCUGCGCCAGGCCUUCACUACCCUGCUUGGUUCCACCCUGAGCAGGAACCAUCUGUUUGUGGCGGGAAAGGUCCUCCUGGGCGCACUGGUUCAGGCCAACCACAUGGACGAGGCCAAGUUCAUAAGUACCUAUAACGACUUUGUGGACUCUAAAAGGAAGCGGAAUGACAUUGAGAGGGAGCUGGCUGAGGCAAAGAUCCAUCAUAUGAACAUGAUAGAUGUCCUCUUUGAGCUGGUGCUGUUUGGGAUGAUGACAGCUCAGAAGUCCCUGAUGGUGCAUCCUGGUGGGUUCGUGGAGCGUCUGUACGCUCUCCUGUACUCCUUCCUGCCCACUGCUGCCAACAUGGAGCCAGAGGCUGACAGAUACCUGCUGCAGCUCAAUGUAAGAGUCUAGGUUACUUCCUGUUUACUUCCUUAUUCAUGGUUUACAGGGUUUCAAUGCCAUUUUAGGGGGAGUAUUUCUGAUGGUCUCUCUCCUCUUGAUAAGCUAGUAACUGAGAGCCAUUUUCUAUGUGUUGUGGGGUGUUCUCUUCAGGGCGGGCUGAUGGCUCUGCUAGAUGACAUGUUUGGCCAGCAGCUGGCCUGGUACUUUAACCCAGAGUCUCUGGUCACUGAGCUCUCCAGCCUCCUGGAGUACCACUUGGAGAACCUCAUGGCCAGCAUGUAGUCCUACUGCAGGGACCAUACUCCUUUCUCCUUCGCUCUCUCUUUUGAAGGAAUUGAAGUGCUUUGUUGAACCCUGAUUAGUUUUUAACACACAUUAAUUUAAUGUAUUCUCUUGUUUUCUC